CCCAAAUGCGCAUGCGAAGUUGUGCUUGGUGAAAGAAACAAACAGAGAAAGUGCGAAAGAGAGCUGAGUAUUUAUGCUGUAUCAGGCAGCCAGAGUAAACAAACUACAAUGUCAGGAUACGACAGCAACCCUUUUGCGGACCCAGUGGACGUCAACCCGUUUCAGGAUCCUUCGGUUACACAGCUGACCAAUUCUAGUUCAGAUGGAAUUGAAGGAUUUAAUCCAUUUACUGAAAACUCCAAGGUGACUAAUCCAGCACAGACCACAAUUCCUGCACAGAUUACACCUUCUCAGCCAGCCGUGUUGCAGCCUUCAGUUGAGCCCAGCCCACAGGCCACAGCUGCAGCUGCCCAGGUAAACCUCCUGAGACAACAAGAAGAGCUGGAGAGGAAAGCAGCGGAGCUGGACCGCAGGGAACGGGAAAUCCAAAACAAGAGCUCGGGGUCUACCAGAGAAAACAACUGGCCACCUCUUCCAAGGAUAUUUCCAGUGAAGCCUUGCUUCUACCAGGACUUUGCUGAGGACAUUCCCCCAGAUUUCCAGAGGACAUGCAAGAUGAUGUACUACCUGUGGAUGUUUCACUCAGUGACUCUGUUCCUGAACUUGCUGGCAUGCUUGGCAAUAUUCACUGUAAGUAGCAGCAGCGGGGUCGAUUUUGGCUUGGCAAUCCUGUGGUUUGUUCUGUUUACCCCCUGUGCAUUCGUCUGCUGGUACAGGCCUAUCUACAAAGCCUUUAGGUCCGACAGCUCUUUCAACUUCUUUUUCUUCUUUUUCGUCUUUUUCGUUCAAACGGCUGUCUAUAUUAUCCAGGCAGUCGGCAUCCCCCACUGGGGUAACAGUGGCUGGAUUCUUGCCUUGUCUGUGAUUGGCACCAAUAAUGCUGUAGCUAUCAUCAUGAUGGUGGUGGCUAGUUUCUUCACUGCCUGCGCGGUCAUGGCAAUCAUCCUGCUAAAGAUGGUGCACUCGAAGUACAGACGGACCAGCGCCAGCUUCCAGAAGGCGCAGGAGGAGUUCUCGCAGGGCGUUUUCACGAACAGAACCGUCCAGAGUGCCGCUUCCACAGCUGCUGCCACUGCGGCCCAGAACGCCUUCCAGCAGAGGAACUAGCGGGGCUGGGCCUGGCCACCUUGUCGGCUCCCAAUCACAACCCUCCUGUCUAUUUUAAAAAGAUGCACUUUCACGAAAGUAAAAUUACUCUAAGCAUUGUGUGCCUACAUAUAUUUGACUUGGUUUGCUCUUACUAUCAGGAGUGUUUUUGUUUUAAUAUGCAGGGCGGUUAUAAAGUCAGUAUGCCACUUUGUAAAGCUGCUGUAAAAAAGAAAAGAACAUAGCUGGAGGCAGCUGCAAGUUACCAUGUCUGACCUCAUCCAGUGUACUUGGACUAACUUAUUUUUCAAAGAAGUGAUCAUCCGAAGCAGCAAAAUAUUGGAUUUUUAAACAGAGACAAAAACUUCUCGGGCCACCCGGCAUCCUUGGGAAUGGGCUUCCACAGCAGCAGUGAAAUUAGCAUACUGAAUUUGCAGCAUUUUUUAAAGCUUCAUUCCCAUUUUACCCUCAAAGGACACUCCUGUAAUUCUGAUUUAAUUGAAUGUGUUUUUUUUUAAAGGCAAAUCAUUGGUGAUGGCAAUCUUCAUGUAUUUACCCUCUUUUUUUUCCCCCCUUUUGGAGUUCCAAGAAGGAACACAUUGUAGAACACAUAUUCUCUAGUCUCUGUGAGCUAUUUCUAAGGGGUCCAGUGUUUGUCCGUGCAGGUGCUAAGGGGGAGUAAUAUACAGUUUAAUACUGAAAACGCAGACAAUGUAAGAGAUAUAACCAUGUAAAAUAUCUAUGGGUGAGGAAGGAAUUUGCCUAUUGAUUGAACAAAUAGCUGGUAAAGGCAGUUUGCUUCUUCAUUUUAUAAAGUGUAUUGAAGGGGGUGAGACAUUACUUCUAACAAGCAUUGCUGUUGUUCCUGGAUUAGAGUGUUCUGCACAAUUUGUGGUGGCUGUGCCAUUGUUAUAUUCUGGUUUGAGAAGUCCUCUUCUACAGUGAUGAGAAGUGGAAGACAGGAACGGCAGAUGAGAGCUGUGUGACACUGGCAUAAUCAGCAGACAGUGACCAGCCCUGCUUUGCUUAGCACUGCCACUGGUUUAUUAAACCGCUAACCUUGUGUGGUAUCAAUCAUAUAUUUCUUUGAAAAUAAUUUAAAGCUCAUAUAUAUUCGUCUGUAAUGAAGGAUUAAAAAUAAGUAGAUUAGUUUUGCUAGAAAAGUAAGGUACGUUUAAAAGAUAUUAAGCCAGCCAUUUUGAAUGGCUGGAAAACCUUAGCUGGCAUCUGAUUUGGGGUGCUGUCCUUCACAAUAGGCUAAAUGUAAAAAUGUCCCAAAAUGUGUGGGAUUCUGAGGUUUGUAUGACAUGUUUCAUGUUUUUUCCUUACAAAUAUACAGGGAGAAAUUAUGACUCCUUGACGGUUUUGUACUUUUCUAAGUAUUAUUUACUGUGUUUUUAUGUGUGACUACUUAACUAGAGUGGGUCAGACUGCUAUAUUGUGAUAGGAUUCAUAUUUCCCCCCUGUAUUUGUUAAUUAUAUAUAAAAUCUAUUAAACUAACUAUUUCAAGCUUAUUGUAGAGGAAGCCUGCUGUACAGCAGUAGAUAUACAGUGUGUUUUAAAGCAAGCUGAACAUUAUCUAGUCCUGUUUUUUAAAGAAAUCUAUACUUGGUGGAUGCUGUACAUGUUUUGGUUGUAUUUGUAGAGGGUUUAUUUUGUGUUGUGUUUGAGCUGAGUUGGUGCAUACCUUUUAACAUCCAGGUUUGCAUCAGGUAGAUGUGUCUAAAGAUGUCUCUUUUCUGCUGAAAUAUAAUGCAGUUAAAGUAUAUUAACAUGAAUGUACUGAUUUUUAAGGAUGUACACCAAGCAGCCUCAAAAAAGACAGCAAUUCAGCAUCUGCCCUAUAGAUCUUGUUAAAUAACUGCAGACUAUAUCAAAUCCAUUAGUCAUUUUGUUACCAUUUUUCCCCAAAGCAGCAAGUUUUUAUUAAGAAAAAUUAAUUUAAAAAAAAACAAAAAAAAAACAAAAAAAACCCUGAUGUCAGUAUUGCUUAAGGAACGCUGCAUGUUAUAAGAAUGCAUUUGUCAUUUAAUCUGCAGAGGUUCUUCUGUUUGAUUGAAGUGCUAAUAGCAAGCAUAUCCUGCUUCAGAUGGAGGUUGGUUGCUAUUCUGCACAGACAGGGUUCAUUUCCAUGCGUGGCGCUGCAGUCUGAUGUGGAGCUAUCCAUUACAACACCAGAUUGCUUCAGUUAGCUCAGCAGUCUGUAUUUACAAUCACAAUAGCUUUUUUCUGCUAAAAAAACAAAAAAGGACAGCAACAUAGUGAUGUAAGGGGCUACAUGCUAAAAGUUUAAAUGGAGGGUUGAAUUCAGUGCUGUUUGCUAUACUUGUCUUUUCCCUUCCCUUAAUGGCGAGAAGGCCAGUUCAUAACUUUCCUGUACAUGGCACAGUAAGAACACCUUUCAUAGGAUUGCAGAAAACCUAGUCGGAGAAACGAUUGAUAGGAUCACAGAUAUUCUGAAUAAACCACCAUUCUGCUGUUGUUUUCCUUGGACAGGACUAGGUUCAGUUGUAAUCAUUGAAAUAUUUGCUAUUUUUUAUGAGUGAAUUUAAGACCCAAAGAGCAAACAUUACUGCAUUCAAGGUAACCUUUACUAAAUUAAAGUUUUUAUAAAUAGAUUGGUCAGCAUUGAGUGUUUUUGUUUCUUUUUAUUUGGGUAUAAAUUCAGCACUGGGCGUUUAGCCAAGAAAGUGAUACUUUCUCCUGUCAUUGCAACUUGUUCUGUUUUGGCUGAAAGUAUUCUUUUGUAAAGCAGUUUAAGUAUUUUUAAAGUGGUGUCUUAAGUGAAUGGCAGAUUUAACAACACAUUUCUUAGGUAUGCACAUUAAAAAAGGCUGUAGAUAGUCCUGAUCUAUACUUUUCGUCCCUGUAAUAUUAUAAUGGAAGUAAAAACAGAUCUAGAACUAAGGGUGUACUUUUAUUUAUAUAAGUUAUUAAACACUUUUUGCAUGUGACACAUGGUAAUAGUUUAAAAUGUGUUCUUCAGAAGAAGAGUGGGCACUGGUAAGGUCAGAUGAACACCUUCGCUCAUUGCUUUUUGUUCGCUCUGCCAGGUGUAAAAAUAAUGUCCAGCAAAUGUGAUGCUUGCUUAGAAUUUUUUUUGCAACUGCUUUGAAAUGGCAUUUGAUUGACUGCUUUUACUUUUACAUUUCUCAGCAGCACAGGUUUCAAACUGAAUAACUAGGCAUUUUUGCAUAUGAAAUGCCAGGAAUUUACAAACAGGUUUUUUUUAUUUUUCUGUAGGAUCCUAGGUAAACACAGAUGGUUGUCUUUCUCUCUGCUAAUUCUUACUGCUGUUUUAAUGGUGUAAAAUCAAUGGGGUUAGUAAGAUAGUGUCGUUAAUUGUAUGUGGGAUGUUCAAUAAUGCAUUUUAUUACCUUUUUUUUCUUUAUUACAUUUUCAUGUAAAAUUGUAAAUGCCAUUAAUUGAACCUUUUUGUGCUGAAAUAAAAAAUUACAACAAA